AUGGAAUCACCCGCAACUCCAUUCAAGGCGCCCCGCUCCCGCCUGCGCAAUCUUGAACACACCGCCCCCUUAUUCGGUGUGGCCCGUGAUAGCCAUGACAAUGGCCCUCUGGGCUUCCCCUCAGCGCUCGAGGCCGAUUCAGAUGACGGCGACGUCUUUGGCCGCUCACCACCCCACUUCGCUGGUAACGCUGACAUGGACAUGGACUGGGACGAUGGCAUGGCCACGCCCUCCCCCGAACCCUUGAAACACUUUGAUUCUCUGCGCUCGCCCCAGGCCCUGCGCUCGCCCCUGGCACAGCUCAACCCACCACACCAACUCACCCCGUCCGACAUCAACUCGCCCAUCCCCUUUUGCCGCGCCAGCUCGAAGAUUCGACUUGCCCCAAAUCCAGCCACCCCACGCUCGCUCCUGCAGAGCUUUCGCUCCCAAGCCCAAAUCGGUGAGCCGGUGCAAAAGACCAAGCCCCCGGUCAUUUUGGCGGGCAGCCGCCACCGCCAACGCCACCAAUUGGCGACUGCCAACACCACCGACGAAGAGGACGAGUACGAACUUAACGAAUUUGACAGCUCUGCCGACAGCAUCAGCCUCUCCGUCCAUGACACGGACUCCGACGCGGAUGACGUCUUCCUUCGCCCUCGCUCCGCGCGCCGCCCCCGCAACGCAAUCCCCCACCACCUUCGCAGCCAGGGCUUGCAGACCCGCAGCCUACCUGCCUCCCGACCAUCGAGCGCGCAGGCCAACGUCAAUCCUUUUAAGCGCUUCCAAAGUCAAAGCUCCAGCGAACAGGACGGUCAAGGCAAACGUUCCGUCAUUGAGCGAUCGACUGACUACCCCCUCCCAACCAAGAGUGGUCGUUUUCAAACCCAGCAAAAUAUCUCACGCUUUGCCGAGGAGUUUUUGCAAAAGGCUGUCUUGGGCAAUGGUGAAUUCGGCACCGUGCUCAAAUGUGUCAACAAGCUAGAUGGUAUCGUGUACGCCAUCAAGCGCAGCAAGCACAAGAUCAGCAGCAUGGGUGAUGAGCAAGCCCUGUUGCGCGAGGUCUAUGCACAUGCCGUUAUUCAGGACCAGAUGCACAUUGUGCGCUACCACUCGGCCUGGGAAGAAGACGAUCACAUGCUGAUUCAGAACGAGUAUUGUGAUCAGGGUAGCUUCAAUGCCGUCAUUGCCCAACAUCGCGCGGUCAAUGCCCGAAUGAAGCAGGAAGACCUCUGCAAAAUGCUCCGACACAUUAGUCGGGGGCUGCAAUCCCUGCAUCGCAGUAAGCUCGUUCACUUGGAUGUCAAGCCCGCCAAUAUUUUUCUCAAAGUGGAUGAGAGCGCUUUCCCUGAAGGCCAGCGCCCUAAUCUCAAGACACCCAUGGGCUUGCCCAUUUUAACACACACCAUCUUCAAGCUGGGUGAUUUGGGCAUGGUCACCCGAGUGUCGGAUCCUCACGUUGAAGAAGGCGACUGCCGCUACUUGGCGCCGGAAUUGCUGCAGGAUGAUCAUCGUGACCUGUACAAGGCCGACGUCUUUUCUCUGGGCGUCUCAGCCUAUGAAGCCGCGACGGGUUUUGAGCUGGAGAACAAUGGACCUCAAUGGCAGCAUCUGCGGUCGGGACGAGUCGAGCCCGUGCCUCACCUGUCGGCACAGCUCAACGAGCUACUGUGGGCCAUGCUCAACCCAGACCCAGCUGCGCGACCCACCAUCACGAUGGUUCUCCAGCACCCUGCCCUCUUGCAGGAGGAAGGAUUGGAGACGGACACGGCCCGUCUACAGGCAGAGCUCCGGGCUGAACGCUCGCGUAAUCAGCUGAUGCAGCAGGCCUUGGAGCAUUUGAAGAAAGGCUCGCGCACGGCAGAUCGAAUGCAACGCAAGGCCUCCUGCUCGUUCUGA